AUGGAGAGGAUGAGGAAAAUCAAACGGCAGUUGUCCCUCACCCUGGGGAGGGGAGGGGCUGGGGGAGGAGACCGGACACUGAGCGAACACCAAGAAAUUACGUCGCACAGUGACUCGGAGGCCGGCACCCUUCGUCCUUCAUCGGGUGGAGUGAAAGUCAGAGGGUCGUCUUCAUCAGUUCAGUCUCUUUUUCAGUCAUAUAGCCGCCGACCUAGAGGACUGGGACGCAGUCUGAGCUCGUACUUGAACCACAGCAGCAGACUGGAGAUAGUCCAUGAGGAUGUUAAGAUGAGCUCUGAUGGAGAAAAUGAGCCAACGUCCUCGUCAGAUGAUGUCCAGAGUCCAGUCCGAGUUCGAAUGAGGACAAAGAAGAUAUCUACUGAGGACAUCAACAAACGUUUGUCAUUGCCGGCAGACAUUCGUCUUCCAGACGGCUACCUGGAAAAGUGCAAUGUGAUUGGUCCAGCGCUGUUCGAACAACCAAUUAGCAGGCGGCUGCGUAGAGUCUCUCUGUCAGAGAUUGGCUUCGGCAAAUUGGAGACUUACAUCAAACUAGACAAACUGGGAGAGGGCACCUAUGCCACCGUAUACAAGGGCCGCAGUAAGCUGACAGACAACUUGGUAGCUUUGAAGGAAAUUCGGCUCGAGCACGAAGAAGGAGCCCCGUGUACAGCCAUCAGAGAAGUAUCUCUGCUGAAGGACCUGAAACAUGCCAACAUCGUAACACUUCACGACAUCAUCCACACACAGAAGUCCCUCACACUGGUUUUUGAGUACUUGGACAAAGAUUUGAAACAAUACCUGGACGACUGUGGCAAUAUCAUCCACGUGCACAACGUCCAACUUUUCCUCUUCCAGUUACUGCGAGGGUUGGCCUACUGUCAUCGUAGGAAAGUUCUCCAUCGAGACCUCAAGCCCCAAAACCUGCUCAUUAAUGAACGGGGAGAACUCAAACUGGCCGACUUUGGUCUGGCCCGAGCCAAGUCAAUUCCAACCAAGACAUACUCUAACGAAGUGGUAACACUGUGGUACCGCCCACCGGACAUCCUGUUGGGCAGCACCGACUACUCCACACACAUUGACAUGUGGGGCGUAGGGUGUAUCUUGUACGAAAUGACAACAGGUCGGCCAUUGUUUCCUGGUUCCACCGUGGAGGAGGAGCUUCACUUCAUUUUCAAGUUGUUGGGAACACCGACUGAGGAGAGCUGGCCAGGAAUCGGUUCCAACGAGGAAUUUGUGGCAGCAAAUUAUCCUCAAUACCCACCGGAAAACCUUGGCGACCACACACCUCGGCUCAGUAGUGAUGGCGUCCAGCUGUUGUCAAAAUUCCUGCAGUUUGAAGGAAAGAAAAGGACUUCAGCAGCAGAGGCCAUGACUCAUUGUUACUUUAGUAACCUUGGAAACAGAGUGUGCACACUUCCUGACACGACGUCCAUCUUUACUCUUCCAGAGAUUCAGCUUGAACGAGAAACCGUGAGAUCAACAGAUCAAGUAAACAGUUUGAGCAGGAGGCGGAGUCUCCUCUUCUGA